AUGAACGGCACGGACGCGCAGAAGCCGCCGGAGACCUGCUGCGGCCCGCUCCGGGACGCCGUCAAGAACGAGAAGCCCUGCCUCUGCGCGCUCUACGCCUCGCCCGAGAUCUUCAAGGCCUUCAACAUCAACGUCACCGACGCGCUCCGCCUCUCCAAGCGCUGCGGCGUCUCCGAGGACGUCAGCAGCUGCCCCAGCGCCUCUCCGACCAAGUCUCCUCCAGGCUCACCAAACAAUCGUUCAAGUCCAAGUUCUCCGUCAGGUGGUGGCAAGAGCGCCGGGCACCGCACCAUGUCGGCCGGCUUCGCGGGGCUGAUGAGCCUGUUCCUGGUCCUGUGGUCUGCCCUGGCAUAA